AUGGCUGCAAUGAACAGGCUCCCGCCAGAUUGGCAGCAGGUCCUCGCACCCUGCUAUUCCUGUUGCAAGAGGGUCUGGAUACCCGAAGAAGCUACAUUUGGCGACCAGUGCAUCGGGCCAAUUACACACGUGCCGGUGCUGCUCGCCGUGCUCGUCGUCUUUUGCCGCUACGGACUCUCUCCGUUAUGGGUCCGGCGACCAGCCUGGCUGCGCGCCUUUGCGAAUGAACCAAAUGUAUCCAAAACAGCCCCGGAUCGGACCCGGAGCAAUGGCCACCAUCGCAGUUAUGCCUCUGUCGCGGCCAACGGAGAUGACGGUGCUUUCGAGGCAAAGCCUGCGCACAACACUUGGACCGACUACACCAAGUCGCUCUGCGCCAUCUCCAUCGCCAGCGCUAUCGCCAGCGCUCUCGUUGCCGGCUUCUUCGAUUUCAGCCUCCCUUAUCUGAUGCCCAUCAUCCCAUCGUUUUUGACGGCAACAAUCAUCGCCAUUGACCGCCCGCAGACUACGCCGGGCGCAGUCUUCUUGAUCAAUGGCGGUCUUCUCGUCACUCAGCUCGCUCUUCUGAUCGGCAUACCUACGUUGACGACGUCAUCAUGGCUCACCCUAGUACUGUUCUUACUGACAGUCCUCUUUCCAUUGCUCUCGGUUAGCAUCGUUCUGGUAAUGCCUCUGCGCAACCCGCACGCCGCCGGCACAGAAGACGUGGCAGUAAAGGACGACGUGGCCCCGACGGAAAAGCUUCGCAGCCCAGAGGACAACUUCUCUAUAUGGCAGUGGAUGACUAUUAGCUGGAUGAGCAAGCUCAUACAGCUUGGCUACAACCGCCAGGUCCAUCCAGAGGACGUGUGGCGGCUUCCUUUCGAGUUCCAACACAAGCGACUUCAUACUCUCUUUCGCGAGAUCAAAGGCACCGUCAUUAGUCGCAUUCUGGUCGCAAACGCCCCGGACCUUCUCAUCACGUCAUCGCUCGGCAUACUCGAAUCCGCGUGUGCCCUCACCCAGGUCGUGCUCCUCAAACAACUUCUCUCUGCCCUCGGAGCACAGAACCUCCGCGUUGCUGUCGCAUACGCAACCCUCGCAUUGCUGGCCAGGCUGAUCGCCGCUCAGUCGGCCGUCUUCUCGUUGUGGUUCAGCCGCCGGUGCUAUGAGCGUUCGCGCGGCGAGAUGAUCACCAUGAUCUACGAAAAAACCAUUCGCCGCAAGGCCUUUACGUUUCCAGGUGUCGACGAAGAAACGGAAGAUGGAGAGGGCAAAGACACCAAACACCAGGAAAAGCCCGGUGCUCCGGCUUCCAUGGGCAAAAUUCUCAAUCUGAUGCGCAACGACGUUUACGAGGUCGCCCAGCGCUUCUGGGAGUUCCCCGGACUCUUCACCAAGCCACUUAACUUUGUCCUUAGUCUUGCCCUAAUCUGGAAUAUCCUCGGCCCGUCCAGUCUGCUAGGUAUUCUGGUUCUCCUCCUGGCGCAGGUGCUCAAUGUCUUUGUUAUCAGGGUGCUGCUGAAGUGGGAGAGAGCUCGUAGGGCCGUCACGGAUCUUAAGCUGCAGAUAACCAGUCAGUUCGUCGAGACGAUCCGGCAUCUUAGGUGGUACGAUUGGCAGGACCGCUGGUUGGGGCAGAUAUUCGAAACGCGAGCGACCGAGCUGCGCUACCGCGUCGUCAGCAACCUGCUCCAGAAGGCCCUUGGUGCGCUUAACCAGCUGGCAGCUUUCGCGUUUCCAGUAGCGGCAUUUUAUGCAUACACAGUCAUUGGUGGCCAUACUCUAUCGGUCGACGUCGCUUUUCCCGCACUCAACCUAUUUACGAUGCUCAACACCAGCCUUCAAGAGCUUCCUAAUCUAGUCAUGGUCCUGUUGAACGCCAGCAUUGCCAUGGGAAGAAUCGAGAGCUUCAUGGCCGAGCCAGACAAGGAAGAUGCAGACUAUGACAGUGACAAGCCUUACGGAAAGCAGGAGCUUGAGAUCAAAGGUGCCGACUUUUCAUGGCCAGGCCAGACGGCCGAAACCCCCGUGCUGCGGGACGUCAACUUUUUGGCCGGUCCGGGACUCACCGUGGUGUGCGGAAAGGUUGGCGCUGGCAAGUCGGCCCUCCUGCAGGCCAUAUUGGGCGAGCUGGACCAGCACAGCGGCGAGCGCAACGUUCCCGAAGAGAUGAAGGCGUACUGCGCGCAGACGCCCUGGCUGCAGAGCAUGAGCAUCCGGGAAAAUAUUUUGUUCUCGGGCGGGUUCGACGAGCGGCGCUAUCGACGCACGCUUGACGCCUGCGCACUCCUUCCGGAUCUCAAGGAAUUCGAGGGCGGUGACCUGUCCAUGGUGGGUGAAAACGGUGUAGGCCUGUCUGGCGGUCAAAAGGCCAGGGUCGCACUCGCCAGGGCGGUGUACAGUAAAGCUAGGAUCUUGCUUCUCGACGACCCGAUCGCAGCGCUGGAUCAUCAUACUGCCGAGUUCGUCGUCAGGAAGCUCUUCUCCCCGGGCGGGCUGUGCGAGGGCCGUACCGUGGUGUUUGUGACACAUCGUGUCGACCUCCUCAAGCCGUGGGCAGACCAGAUGUACGAGGUGUUUGCCGACAGACCCUCGUCGCUGGAACUGCAUCAGCCCGAGGAGCUAGAGCGGGACACGUCGUUCCAUCGGCGUGUGGCGGCGGUGCAAGAGACGCAGGCCGAGGAGGCUGCCAUCGAAACGGCAGAGGCCCGUGACAACUCGAGCGUGGCGAUUCCAGACAAAUUUAUCGAGGUGGAGCGGCGCGCCCACGGCGGAGUCAUGGCGUCUGUAUACUGGCGUUAUGUCAAGGCCGGCAAGCUCUGGCUCUGGGCGCUGCUCAUUCUCACCUUCGUCAUCUACAGGCUGUUUAAUCUGCUGUACUUUUACUUCCUCAAGGUCUGGGGUGAGGCUUACAGACAGGACCCGCUGGAGCCCAGUCGAAGCGUGGCAUUCGUCAUGGCCCAGCCUUCCUUGAACGCUGGCCACCUGUCAAUGGCGCAGGUAUCUGACAGGAGCGGAUGGAUCGACUUUGACUUUGGACUUCCGCCCCCCGAAGAGGACGUCACGCCGUGGCUGUUCUGGUUCUUCAUGCUCAGCAUCGCACAAUUCCUUGCGCAGCUCAUGUCUGACCUCACCCUAGUUGCUAUCGUCUAUGCAGCCGGCAAGAGACUAUUCCAAGACGUCAUGUGGCGUGUGUCGGCCGCGACCUUUCGCUUCUACGAUGUGACGCCGGUCGGAAGGCUUAUGAAUCGGCUGACCUCGGACAUUGGCACUAUCGAUGGACAGAUUGCAGGGCAGCUCUAUAUGGUUGCCUUCCACAUGGUGGCCUGGUUGUCUUCGGUUGCCGUCAUAGCCACCACGACACCCAUCUUCCUGGGCCUGGCUUUGGCAAUGACCUUGUUGUUCGUCUACAUUUUCAGCCGCUUCUUGCCUCUCUCGCAGUCCCUCCGACGCCUCGAGAUGGUCUCACUCUCGCCACUCAUGUCCAACUUUGGCACCCUGCUCGAGGGCCUCACGACUGUCCGCGCCUUCCGUGCACAGCCGCACUUUGAACACCGAAUCAUUGUUACGACGGACGCAUUUCAGCAGAUGGAUCACUUCUACUGGUCUUUGCAAUCUUGGCUGACCUACCGCUUUGAUACGCUCUCGGCUCUCUCUACAUUUGUCCUGACCAUCACCGCUAUGACCUCGGGCCUGUCAUCCGGCGCAGUGGCGUUCGUUCUCGCGGCGGCUGCCACAUUUGUUGACACCACACACCUUCUGUGCCGCAAGUAUGGUGAGCUGCAGAUGAUGUUUGUCUCGGUCGAGAGGGUCAUUGAGCUGCUGGACCUGGAGACGGAGCCACAGUUUGAGAAGCCGCCAACUGCACAGGCAACCACAUGGCCGGCGGCGAGCGAUGAUAUCAUCUUCGACAAUGCCACAUUCCGAUAUGCACCGCGCCUUGAGCCCAGCUUGAGGGGAGUAUCAUUCCGGAUUCCUGCAGGAUCCACCGUCGCCGUCACAGGCCGCACGGGAUCCGGCAAGAGCACGCUUGCGCUAGCUCUUCUGGGCACCAUCCUCCCCGACUCGGUGCUGGCCCAGCUGCACCAGGAGCAAGUGGGCGACAGCAACGAGGAGACUCCGCUGCUCGCGCCGACACUGGACAGCUCGGGCGGCAGCGUCUGGAUCGGCAACGUCGACAUUGGACGGACAGACAAACACACGCUACGGAGGCGCGUCUCGUUCGUGGCGCAGGAUCCGGUGCUCUUUCCAGGCACGCUGCGGGAGAACCUGGACCCGCUGCACGAGUACGAAGACGAAGAGUGUGCGACCGUCCUGGCGAGGGUCAUGGGCCCGGCGUCGGCCGCGGCGUCUUUUUCGACCAGCACAACGCCGGCAGAGCAGCAGCAGGACGUAACGGCAUCCUCCUCGGGCACGGCGACGCCGACCAAGCAGCAGUUUCAUUUGGGGACGCGCGUCGACGGCGGCGGCAAGAACCUCAGCCAGGGCCAGCGGCAGCUGGUGGGGAUCGCGCGGGCGGUGCUGCGCCGGUCCCCAAUUGUGAUUCUCGACGAGGCCACGGCGAGCAUCGACUUUGAGACGGCCUUCCGGAUCCAAGAGGUUCUGCGGCAGGAGCUGCAGCAGAGCACUGUCAUUUCCAUUGCGCACCGGGCAGAGGCGGUCAAGGAUGCGGAUUUCAGGAUCGAGCUGGACAAGGGGCGGGUUGUUGUUGCCGAGAGGAUUGUGAAGUGA